CGCUCUGCCCUCCAGAGAGAGGGGACUCGAGCCAAGAUCACAAACCUGCCGGGGGAGGCUGCUCCUGCUACUCAGCGACAGCCCUCUCUAAACUUUCUGUUGUCGUCUUCCCCCCGCCCCUCUCCCCCCUCCCCAGUCCUUAGGAGGGGGCUGGGUGCGGGGGCUGGCUGGGGGAGAAUCCGGAUCCACCCGAUCAGGCCGAGAAGGAAGGCUUUAUCUCGGCCUCAGGAUCCUUUCUCUGGUGCGUCUGACAACCUGGAAGUGUUUGGCGAGAAAGAGGGCCAGAGGCACUGUUGCAUUGGAGAGCUUUUUUCCCCUCCAGGCUGUGUUUUAAAAUAAUAAUAAUGCGGGUCUGAACAUAAAUAAAUGCAACGACAUGCAAACCAGAAGCCUGAUGCCACUCAUUUCCAUUGCAAGGGGGGGAAACAUUAAGGAGAUGCGUUGAUUGCAUGGAAUUCAACAAGCAAGCGGGAGACUCAGCGGAGGAAGCUUGUAACAUGGCGGAUGCUGAAGAAGGCUUUGGGCUUCCCAACACGCCGGCUGAUUCAGAGUCGAAAGAGCUUCAAUCUGAAACCAAACAAGACAGUCAGCUCGGGGCCAGCAGCAAGUCGCCUUCCUCUCCCCCGGCAGCUUUCACCCAGCAGGGCAUGGAGGGGAUCAAAGUGUUUUUACACGAACGAGAAUUGUGGCUAAAAUUUCACGAAGUGGGGACAGAAAUGAUUAUAACAAAGGCUGGAAGGCGUAUGUUCCCCAGUUACAAAGUGAAGGUCACUGGACUCAAUCCAAAAACUAAGUACAUACUGCUCAUGGAUAUUGUACCAGCUGAUGAUCACAGAUACAAAUUUGCAGAUAAUAAAUGGUCAGUGACAGGGAAGGCAGAACCGGCCAUGCCAGGCCGGCUGUACGUCCACCCAGACUCACCCGCUACUGGGGCGCACUGGAUGAGGCAGUUAGUUUCUUUUCAAAAACUCAAGCUCACCAACAACCACCUUGACCCAUUCGGACAUAUCAUACUGAACUCCAUGCACAAAUACCAGCCCAGGCUCCAUAUCGUGAAAGCAGAUGAGAACAACGGAUUCGGCUCCAAAAACACCGCCUUCUGCACCCAUGUCUUUCCGGAGACGGCCUUCAUCGCUGUGACUUCCUACCAAAACCACAAGAUCACCCAGUUAAAGAUUGAAAAUAAUCCCUUUGCUAAAGGGUUUCGAGGUAGUGACGAUAUGGAGCUACACAGAAUGUCAAGAAUGCAAAGUAAAGAGUACCCAGUGGUUCCUAGGAGUACGGUGAGACAAAAAGUGGCCUCUAAUCACAGCCCUUUCAGUGGUGAGACCAGGGUUCUCUCGGCCUCCUCCAACCUAGCAUCCCAGUAUCAGUGCGAGAAUGGGGUGUCUAGCACCUCCCAGGACCUGCUACCGCCUGCCAACCCGUACCCGAUCUCCCAGGAGCACAGCCAGAUCUACCACUGCACCAAGAGAAAAGAUGAGGAAUGUUCCACCACUGAGCAUCCGUACAAGAAACCCUACAUGGAAACCUCACCGGCAGAUGAGGAUCCCUUCUACAGGUCCAGUUACUCCCAGCAGCAAGGAUUGAAUACCUCAUACAGGACUGAAUCUGCCCAGCGCCAAGCUUGUAUGUAUGCCAGCUCUGCUCCCACCACGGACCCCGUGCCCAGCCUGGAAGACAUUAGCUGUAAUACGUGGCCUACCGUGCCAUCUUACAGCAGUUGCACAGUGACUGCCAUGCAGCCUAUGGACAGAUUACCCUACCAGCAUUUCUCUGCCCAUUUCACCUCUGGUCCUCUUAUGCCCCGUCUCACUGGUGUGGCCAAUCACACAUCACCACAAAUAGGGGACACACACAGCAUGUUCCAGCACCAAACAUCUGUCUCUCACCAGCCCAUCAUCCGGCAGUGUGGACCUCAAACGGGCAUCCAGUCUCCUCCCAGCAUACAGCCAGCAGAAUUCCUUUAUUCCCAUGGGGUGCCCAGAACCCUUUCACCUCACCAGUACCACUCUGUUCAUGGGGUGGGCAUGGUGCCAGAGUGGAGUGAGAACAGCUAACAAGGCAAUAAGGGAAAUGCAAGAAAUCUAGCUAUGAAAAAUUGAAAACAAACAAGCAAACAAGAAUAUUUUGCAAGACUCCUUUUAACUGAAUGUUCACAGUUAGCACUCGAGAGAUGGACACUGAUCCGAUCAGCUGUUUGAAACCACAGAUUAAAUAGUAAUUCAUUGUGACUUUUUUCUAUUAUUUUGUUCCAAAAGAAAAUCGACAAAACAGCACACUCCCCCCCCGCCAUUCCCUUCCCCAGACACACUCGCACAAAUUUUGUGUUAUUGCUGCACAAAAAACUUGUGCCUUCAUUCCUUCCGUUCUUCUGGUUUUCAAGUGAACACACAACUCCUGCUGCCUUUAACACAAUCAGAGUGCUUGGACGAAAAAACUAGGAUGUUACUUUUUUUUUUUUGAUGUUGACAUUGUUAUAUAAUAAAUAAUAAUAAUAUAUAUAUAUAUUCUUGCAAUUAUCUCAAAAAGACACUGCCCCUUUUUAAAGAGGCCUAAAAAAGGUGGAUUUCAGUGUGUGUUAUUUUUUUUUUAAACAAAAACAAAUGACAUCCCCACAAAUCAGAAAAAAUGGGUAUCUACCUCUGCCAUGUGUUGUUUCCUGAUUGCAAUUACUCACUGCAUUGUGCUAUGUUCCAAUAUAAAUGCGACAUGCCUGAAAUUUGUCUCCAAAAGAAGCAGUCUAGUAAAAUAAUUUCCUUGCCAAGCUGGGCUCUGUAUUUCUCUCUUUCUUCUUCCUUUCACAUCUCUCUUUCUUCCUCUUCAGCUGACUGUCUCUUAUUUAAUCCCUAUGUCCUGGGAUACCUUAAAAAUUUGAAAGCCAGGUUGGUCUUCAGGAGAACUUUUAACAGCAACAAGAAAACAAGGCCUUGGGCCAACCAAGGAGUCGCAGACAGCAAAAUAAAUUUUAAAAACCUGCAUUCUUAAAGAAUGGUGAAAAUGUAAAUGUGUAAAAUCAUCUCUUUCUUUUCAGUCUUUAUUUUUCUUCCUCUAUUAAAGGAAGAAAAGAAAAAAGAAAAAAAGAACACUAUUUCACAUAUGUUAAAUGAGACACUGAACAAAACAUGUUUUAAAAGUGCAGCAAACAGUGGGGUGGCAGGGAAGCAGAAGAUGUGUAUAAAUAAAACUUCUAUUGCAGGGUUCUUCAGAUGUAAUAUUUUACUGGUACUAUUUAUUUAUAAACAGGAGUUCUAAUAAGUAAUAACAGGUAAUAAAACCAGCAAAGCAGCUGGUUGAGAGUUUUUUAUUUUAUUGAUACUCUAAUUCAAGUAUGUUUUCUUUUUUUUUUUCCUCCCCCAAACUGUUCUCUCUCUAUAUAUAUUAAUUAAAAGUGACCCUAAUUAAGAGAAUAGGGUAUACGUAAUUGUGAAGGGGAAUGAGGAUGUGGGUGAAUGUGUGUGAGUGUUGGUAUGUAUGUGGGAGUGUUUAUAGAAAUGUGAGCACAACUAUGUUGCUAAGAAAAAAAAAUCCCUACCUAACUCGUUGUACCAUAUUCUUGUGUGCCAAUUUAUGUCUAAUAAAUACAAGGUGCUAUGAA